CGAAACUUUCUCCUCACUUCCUCAGCACCUUUGUUUUAUUAGUGACUUGAGAUUUGAGAAUCACUGCAACUUGCCUCUCUCUUCUUCAAAGUCUAGAAACUCUCAGUCUCUCUUGUUAUCUCAGAGCUUUCAAUGGCGAUCAUUGAAGAAGCCACUCCUUCUCCUUCUUCCAGCCGUCCAUUGGAGAAGAUAUAUCAACAGCGCUUCUCCAAGCAAUCAAAGAGUUGAAGAUUUGAAUCAUCGUGUUCUCUGAAGACUAUGCAUCCUCCAAGUAGUGCUUGGAUGAACUUGUCAAGAUCCUCGACUGCAAGAAAUCAUAUGAACAAAUGGUUUGGCCAGUUUUCUACAAAGUCGAUCCAUCAUAUAUACGAAAUUAUAGAGCUAGCUUUGGGAAGGCACUUGCUAAUCAUGAAUGCAAAUUCUAAGAUAACAUGGAGAAGGUCCAGAUAUGGAAGGCAGCUCUUAAAGAAGCGGCAAAUUUGUCAGGGUGGCCUCUCUUGGAUGAGAAUUGCUCUGAAUCCAGUUUUAUUCAUGAAAUUGUUGAAGAGAUUUCAGAGCAAGUUAUAAACAGUACAUAUUUGGACGGGGCCAAGUACCCAGUAGGAAUAAAACCUUGGGUGCAAGAGAUCCAUAAGGUUUUAGGUGUUGAGGGAAGAGAUAUGGGGGCUAGUGGAAUAGGUAAGACAACAAUUGCCAGAGCUUUCUAUAAGUCAAAUUUGAUGGGAGUUAUUUUUUGGAAAAUGUUGGAGAAAAUUCAGUGGGUGCUAGCUAGAGGCUUUGUCAAACUACAAAAGAAACUUCUUCGUGAGAUUCUAAAGACAACAUUGAAGGUGGCCAAUGUAGCUAGAGGAAUCACUAUGAUCAAGGAAAUGUUGCAAUACAAAAGUGUUCUCUUAGUGCUUGAUGAUGUGAAUGAUAUUGAUCAGUUAAACAACUUAGCUGGUAAAUGUAGUUGGUUUGAUAUGGGAAGUAGAAUCAUCAUAACAACAAGGGAUAAGCAAUUGCUGACCAAUCAUAGUAUUAAUUUAAUAUACGAGGUCCAAGAAUUGGAUCAUCAUGAAGCUCUCGAGCUUUUUAGUCGGAUUGUAUUUAAAAACGGACCUUUGGAUGGUUUUGCGGUACUCACAGAAUGUGCAAUAUGCUAUGCUGAUCAAGGUCUUCCAUUAGCUUUGACUGUUUUAGGGUCUUCUCUAAGCCCAAAAAUUAGAGAAGCUCUCCAAAUAAGUUACGAUGGAUUGGAUGACAUUGUGAAGGAAAUUUUUCUUGACAUUGCAUGUUUCUUCAAAGGCGAAUCUACAAACCAUGUGAUACAAGCACUAGAAGCUUAUCGUGGCAAACCUGCUAAGUAUGGUAUCAAUGUGCUCAUAGAUAAGGCACUCAUCAAUACAUCCAGGGGUUGCAUUUGGAUGCAUGACUUGCUAGAAGAAAUGGGUAGAGAUAUAGUCCAUCAACAGUCGCUGGAUAACCCUGGAAAACGUAGCAGGUUGUGGUUUCAUGAAGAUGUUUACCAUGUUCUAACAGAGUUAAAGAUGUCUUGA